CUGGGGCAGCGAGUGGCGGGGCCGGGUGCCGAGCGAGCGGGGCGUGGAGAGCGUCGCGCGGGCCCUCGCGCCGGCCUCCGUUUGCAGGCUCCCGCGAGGUGGCCCGGCCGUCCUCGGCCUCCCGUCCUCUAGCAGCUGUGGGGCGCGCAGCGUCGGGCCGCUGGGUGGCGGCGGCAUGAAGGUCACGUCGCUCGACGGGCGCCAGCUGCGCAAGAUGCUCCGCAAGGAGGCGGAGGCGCGCUGCGUGGUGCUCGACUGCCGGCCCUACCUGGCCUUCGCCGCGUCGAGUGUGCGCGGCUCGCUCAACGUCAACCUCAACUCGGUGGUGCUGCGGCGGGCCCGGGGCGGCGCGGUGUCUGCGCGCUACGUGCUGCCCGACGAGGCGGCCCGCGCUCGGCUGCUGCAGGAGGGCGGCGGCGGCGUGGCGGCGGUGGUCGUGCUGGACCAGGGCAGCCGCCACUGGCAGAAGCUACGGGAGGAGAGCGCCGCGCGCGUCGUGCUCACCUCACUGCUGGCCUGCCUGCCCGCCGGCCCGCGGGUCUACUUCCUUAAAGGAGGGUAUGAGACCUUCUACUCACAGUAUCCUGAGUGCUGUGUGGAUGUGAAGCCCACUUCACAAGAGAAGAUCGAAGGUGAGAGAGGCCUCCUCAGCCAGUGUGGAAAGCCCAUUCUCAGCAUUGCCUACAGACCAGCUUAUGACCAGGGUGGCCCAGUUGAAAUCCUCCCCUUCCUCUACCUUGGAAGUGCCUACCAUGCAUCCAAGUGCGAGUUCCUCGCCAACCUGCACAUCACAGCCCUGCUCAACGUUUCCCGCCGGACCUCCGAGGCCUGCACCACCCACCUGCACUACAAGUGGAUCCCUGUGGAGGACAGCCACACCGCCGACAUCAGCUCCCACUUCCAAGAAGCAAUAGACUUUAUUGACUGUGUCAGGGAAGAAGGAGGCAAGGUCCUAGUCCACUGUGAAGCUGGUGUCUCCCGGUCGCCCACCAUCUGCAUGGCGUACCUCAUGAAGACCAAGCAGUUCCGCCUGAAGGAGGCCUUUGAUUACAUCAAGCAGAGGAGGAGCGUGGUCUCCCCCAACUUUGGCUUCAUGGGACAGCUCCUUCAGUAUGAAUCUGAGAUCCUGCCCUCCACACCCACCCCCCAACCGCCCUCCUGCCAAGGGGAGGCAGCCAGUACCACGUUUAUAGGCCAUUUACAGACACUGAGCCCUGAUAUGCAGGGUGCCUACUGCACAUUCCCUACCUCAGUGCUGGCCCCGGUGCCCACCCACUCCACAGUCACAGAGCUCCACAGGAGCCCUGUGGCCACAGCCACAUCCUGCUGAGACUGUGGUUGGCUACCAGCGGAUCCCCAAGAGCAACUGUGAUUUUUUUUUUUUAAAAAACUUGUGGACAUUUCAUACCCUUGCAAUACUGAAGACCUCUCUCUGUCCCGCUGCCCCAGUGAGAUGCUGAGUGGUCAGCAGGCUUGCAAAUGCACUUCAGACUAACCCCGAGGAUGGGUUCUCCCUCGGGAUUGUAGGAAGGCCAAGCCAUGCCCCUAGCACAGCACGUGCUGACUACUGUACUUCCAGAACCCCUCCCCACUCAGGACUUUCCUUGCACCUCAAAAGUUCGCCUUUUCAUUUCAAGCGUAAGGCAAUAAAUACUCGCAGCAAAGUGGGAGUGAGCUGCGCCGGACCAGGAAAGAAGCCAAUUCAUCUAGAAGGAAGCACAAUUUUCACUGUUGUUUGAACUUCGGCAAACUUUGUCUCUGUCGCUUCAGGGAAGAGAACUGGUCACCGCCCAGUCAGAAAAGUUAACCCUGUUAGAUCUGUCAAGACAAAAGUACCUGCCCAUCUGAACCCAGAAGUGUUUCUGAGAUUCUGUCUGUCUGGGGCCCCAUGAAAGCUGUUGGUAGAAGGAGAAGCUCAUGACUCAUAGGGGUUCCUCGGUGACCUUGGACUUUGGCAUGGUUUUUACAAAUACUUGAACCUGUCCCACGGUAUCUCUCUCUAAAGCAACUCUGGUGUCAUUCAGAAAGUUGUCAGACCCUAGACCAAAAAAUCACCCCUCUGAGGAGGCGGCAGUAGCUGCCUGUGUCCUGGGUCAGUGGUGGUGACAUACUUCUCAGUUUAGUGUCCUGUGUGCUUUUUGUCAUCCUUUGUGACAGUGUUUCCCUCCCUACCCCCGGGGAGUUGUUUUCAAACUACUGAUUCUGGGAUCUGCAUCUUUUGCCAUGUGGUACUACUUAUGUUCCUUGAUAGAUUGUUUUUCCAGGGGGGAAAGGUAAUAAGUACCCCCAAACCCAUGUGAAUGUGAAAAAAAAAGCAGUGUUGCUGGUUGGUUUUUGUUUUUGUUUUUUUUUACUUAGUACAAAAUAAAAAUAACAAAAAAAUCAAA